CAUGCAGAGUCGUUUUACUUACGAUCAUGUCUGCUCAAGACAAAAUGCAUUAGUUUAAUAUUGCUGUUGUCCAUCACCACGUUGGCCCAAAUGCUAAUAAAGUUGAGUCAAAUCGAUGACGUUGGGAGUUCCACGUUGGCAGCAUCAGAGGACAGAAACGAUUCUUGCUUGGGAGUCACAAACAGAAAGAUUCAGACCAAUUGUCUCAAGAACGACAAGAAUUUAGAAAAGCUUUCUGUAAUAAUUUGAGACAUUCACGCACAACAUGGGGCUCCUAAUCUCGUCAGUUUUUACCAGACUGUUCGGCAAGAAACAGAUGAGAAUACUUAUGGUGGGUUUGGAUGCUGCAGGGAAAACUACUAUCUUGUACAAACUGAAGCUGGGAGAAAUAGUGACCACCAUUCCAACUAUCGGCUUUAACGUGGAGACGGUGGAGUAUAAGAACAUCUGCUUCACGGUAUGGGAUGUGGGUGGUCAGGACAAGAUCAGACCCCUCUGGAGACACUACUUCCAGAACACACAGGGUCUGAUCUUUGUAGUAGACAGCAACGACAGAGAGAGAGUGGCUGAGUCUGCAGAGGAGCUCUCUAAAAUGCUCCAGGAGGAUGAGUUGAGAGAAGCAGUGUUGCUGGUGUUUGCUAACAAGCAGGACCUUCCCAAUGCUAUGGCCGUCAGCGACCUUACAGACAAACUGGGACUGCAGAGCCUCCGCAGCAGAGUGUGGCACGUGCAGGCGACCUGUGCGACCCAGGGCACAGGACUGUAUGAAGGACUGGACUGGCUUUCCAACGAGCUGUCCAAGCAAUAACACCGGACAUCACACAAGAGAAAAGCAGAGAAGGAGAGGGAGAACCACAGAGAUAGACUGACACCUUCAAUCAAGACAAGUUUGUUCUUGAAUAACUUGUGCCCCUAGAAUGGACAGGACUUGUGGACAAUGCAAUCAAUACAUAUAGGAACAUCUUAUUUACUACUAUUUUUACUUCGCUUUCUUUUACCAUUAUCCCUUCAAAUACUCUAAUCUUCACUUUUUCCCAACCUCAUAUCUUGCAGCAGAUAAACUAAUGCUUUCAGUUGCAUGUUUAGCUAAUGGCUGCUCUGAGACACCUCUGUAAAGUGUUCUGCUGGGUUGACGUUACCCCCAACCACUGAUCCUGGGUCAGACCUUUUUAAAUCUGCCUAUGGUUAAGUAUCAGGAUUGGGGGUGUUGUAAUCUGAUCCUAGAUCUGUGGUUAAGGGAAACUUCUACUGCAAACUGUUCAGCUACACUAGACCUCAUGGACAGUUUCACUGAAACAACCCUGGCCCUUUACCUCUCACCCCUGUGACUUCACUCCCAUGCGAUUUCACCUAUGUAAGGGACCGAAGCUUCUAGAAUGAGAUGAAGAAUAAAAUGACAAUGAUGUCAUAAAUCUCCAGAUGUUUGAGGAAGUCUUUCUGCACUGGGAGCCAAAUGGAACUCCUCCCAGUGAAUGGAACACAAUGGAACCACUGGAAACAGUUUGCUCCUGGUACUACCAGUUUUCGCCAUCUUUUUGUAGGGUUGCUUUGCUCUGGGCUCGCCACAUAGAAAAGAGAUGCUUGACUAAUGUAUUUUUUAUUUUAUUUUAAAUGGGCCACAAUUAUGUAAUAACCCAUUUCCUUAUGUGCUACGAUGUAAGCUGUGGGAAGCUGAAAUUAGUAGGUAGAAGUUGCCACUAUACAUUGAAACAGGUGUUUGAUACUUUUCCAUCCCCCUAAUGAUUCAGGUUAGGAUGGUUAAUCUGAUCCAGGAUCUGUGAUUAGUACAACUUCUACUGCAAAUGAGCUGAAACCACUUAAAAAUGUGUCAAGUCUAGUGAGAAUGUGCACCUCCUAACCCAGACUGUGGCCCUGUUCAAAUACUUAGGUGCUUUCUUUCCUCUCGGCCAUCUUUGAGGUUAUUACAUAUCUGAAGUAUUGGCUUUAAAUAAUGGUGUCAAUGAAGGAAGGAAAGGGAAGAAGACUGAAGGAUGUGUUUUCUAACCAUUGGAACCGGGCCAAUAUCAGUGUUGUAUAGUUCAGUGGCAUGCUUUGGCUCAGCAGUGCUUGCUUGUGGCUGGGCACACUCUUCUGAUAUUUGAUGGCUGUUGUUGUGCUUAAUCUGACCCUCCCCCACACACCCCUGCUGUAUCUCCCUGAGCUGUGCAUACAUUCCAACUGACAGAUGCUUUUUGAAACUGCAUAAAGCUGCCACACAACUUUUGAAUGAUGUGAUAACUAAUUAUGUUUUUCAAAACAUGUAUAAAUAAAUUCACCUGUUAAAUUGUCUUUUUCUGAGGAUUUAACUUUAAAUUGA